AAUGAAAACAUUCUUUUUAUAUUUCUGCUGCUAUUACUUGAUUUCUGUGUCGUCCUGCUUCAUUUGUCCAACUAAUGAUGCUUCUAAACCAAUUGAUGGAACAUAUAGAGAUGGCAGAUUUUGUGAUAUAUAUUAUCAUUGUAUUAAUGGCACUGCCUAUCAACAACGCUGUCCACCUGGACUCUUCUUUAAAUUUUUUGUUACUGACUGUGCAUUAAAUACCUGUGUUGAACUGGAAUUUGCUGAUUGUCCUCAUUAUUCUAAUAGAAGCACAAUAAACUCUUAUAAACAGUGCAAUUCAGAUAAUCAUAAACAUAACAGACCAUGUUUUGCAAAAACUGAUGAAUGUGCUCCAGACAAAAACAUCACAGUUCCUAGUCUUGUUGAUUGUCGAAUUUAUUAUCAUUGCCAAAAUGGCGUUGGUUGGCCUCAAACUUGCCCACCUGGUUACUUUUAUGAACCAAAAGUAAAUUCAAGAGAGUGUACUAUCAGUUUGUGCUUGCCCGAAGAGGAAGCAAACUGUCCAACUGCAGGUAGCUGGUCUGAGUGGUCAGCAUGGGGAGAUUGUGAACCCAUAUGUGGGGAAGAAGGAAUUCAAACUAGAAUCAGAGAGUGUAAUAAUCCACCUCCAUCUAAUGGUGGAGAUGACUGUCCAGGCGUUCCAAUUGAGAUAAGGCCAUGUAUGAAUCCAAACUGUAGUGAUUUUGAGUAUACAGCUUUCAUGGUUUCAAUGGAAAGAUCUGUUCAGUUACCUAAGGGCAAAGUUAAAUGGAGCUCAGUUGAUUUAAAUAUUAAUAAUCUAUUUAGCAUUUCCGAUAAUUCUAUGAAUAUAAAAGAUCACGGUAUAUAUUUCACAUUAUUAACUGCAACAACAGCAAGUUCAUCAGGGGUAUCAAUGACCUUGAGAAAGACGGGAACAUCUAUAGGAUUAACUAGAACAAAUGGCACUGGUGGAUGGGAUGUGUCAACAAGAGCUGGUUUAUUUUCUCUAAGUAGCCUUUUUAGUCCUACUAUUGAACAAGAUUUUGAUUCAGCUAAUGUUAUUGGCACUAAUGUUGGAAAAGAAACAGCAUGGUUGGGAUUCAAAUAUAGAACAGAUUCAUAUUUAUUUGCUGCAACUGACUAUUCUGCAAAUUAUGACAAUGAAAAGAUUCCACUUGCAAACAUUAUUACUAUGAAAGGAUUUGAAAUCGAUGUUCAUUUUAGAACUUUUAAAACUCAAAAUGAUGGACUUUACUUUAUUCAUUUUGGCUCUAGACUCGCAAAGGAACACAAAAUGUAUAUAUUAACCUACCCUUAUUAUACAUAUGGUAGAUAUAUUUCUAGUAAGGGAUCAAGAAUUCGUCCACCAGUGGAAUAUCAAGUAUCGAGGGGGUGUAUAGUCGAGAGCAAGAAAAGAGAUAUCAGUUUUAAUGCAGAUAGAACCAUUUUGUCUUCAUCCCAGCAGGAUGCUUAUUUAAUAAUUUUCAAAUUAAAUUCUGAUUUACCAGCAGUGACUGUCGAAGUCAAACCAAAAGAUGGGCCUCAGUGUUCACUUAAUAGUUUUUCAACAGUUAGGUUUGACUAUGUGAAAUUUGAUACAACAAAUGCUUGGGAUAAAAAUAGGAAUCUGUUCAUUGCAAAUUUAGAGGCACUGUAUUAUGUUGAUGCAACAAUCACAGCUGGUCGUUUUCUUUCUGUAGAAGGUUAUAUUGAAGUAAAUGGAAUGAAAAUGUGUAGAAUAGUGAAAUUUAGCACUAAACAUCUUGGUGGAGAAGUAGUUUCUAGAGGUUGUUUAGUAAAAUUGAAGAUAAAUGACAUUUUGAAACUAAUUUUUAAGGGUUGUCUAGACCAUGAACAAAUUCAAUCAUCCCUUACAAUAUUUGCUAUUCCAAAAGAACAUUAA